AUGCCUCCUGGAGCUCUCAUUGAAGGAGAACAUUCAAGUCUAUUGGAGCUACAUCAUUAUCCCAUUAACAACUCACUUCAUGGAUCCAGUCCCACUUUUCUAGAGACAACGCCGCAUCAAAUGCCACCCGACCAAAGCUCAUUUGAACAGGAAGGAAACUACGAAGAAACAAUCGAAAUUCCAAAUGUACCAUUGUCUAGCAGCCCUCCUGACUUCACGAGCUCUUCCCCACGCUCAAAUAGUUCGGGUGAAUAUGAUUCAAACAAAACUUCAACUUCAAAUUCUUCUUUAUCAAAUAUCUCUUCCUCUUCCCCACUUGAUUUGACUACGACGGAAGGGUUUGGCCAAAAGCUUCAUCAACUUCUUCUUGAAGCCUUGCGAGAACGCGAACUACGUGAUAAAACAGAUUUCUCUUUCUAUUCAGAUUCAAGUGUUGUACAAACCCCAGAAAUUUCUUCCGUUCCACAUGAGAAAGCUAGUCUAUGUCAAAUAGACAGUUCCUUUGGUGAAAUCUCACCCAUAUCUUUCGAAGUCCCGAAAAAUUCCAUCUCAUCUCAGAAGAUCAAAAUGCCUCCUCAAUAUCGGAUAAUCAAAAGAGCACUGUCAAAUGGAUUAGUUCAGGGCGAAAACGAAACGCUGACCAAAAGACAGAAACAGGGCAAGGACGUCAAUGUUCGAACGUAUGACCAAAUAUAUGCGCGUCGAACUGCCAGUCUCCGUCGAGCUGAGUCCCUCAAAUCGGUUGAUAGUGAUGGUCGACAAGCUCCGCUGGUACCGACUGUCCCAGCCACGCCGAUUCCUGCUAAAAGGCAUACUGCUGCAACACUACCUGUUCCUAUUAUUGCACCACCUUCCGAACAUGUAGCCAAGCUGCCCAUGAGCUCAGAGACCUUCGCAAAAAUUCGUCUUGAGCGUCUUUUACAACGUGAAACCGAAGGCCGAAUGGCUGAUGGUCUGCUUCCCGGAAUAUCUAUUCGCCCCCCUCCAUGCAUGAUCCAGAAUCGUGGCGAAUGUAGCCCACUUGACGACGACAGCAAGCUCAGCAUCGAAGACGACAUCAGGUUCGAUUGGGAAGUUGCCAUUGGACUUGGGUCCAAGAGGCGAAAGACCAUUGUUGCUUGGCUUUUAAAAGUCUAUCACUCCAAAUUUGCGAAACCUACUUCUGCUCACCUUAGUCUGUACAGGUAUUGCCGGCUAAGUCAACUAGAGUAA